AUGGAGGGCUUUGCAGCCAGUGCGUACUGGGGUGCCACGGGCGAGUUACCACCUCGUGCACCAGACGACGUCGUAUCCAAGCAGCCAUAUCCCUUUCAAGCAGAGAUCAACCGCAAGCUGGUACCGUUCCCGAAGAACCAGACAAGCUACCCUCGUACGCUAGACUACACGAACGUGGGACUUCACUUGAUCCUCGACGACGGUAACAGCAACACAGGAGGUUUCAACGCAUCGCAGUUGCAGAAGCUGGGAGAGGGUGGAGCUGGCGGCGAUGGCCUUGGCGGCACACAAGGGCAGGGCAACACCCACUCGCGAAAGCCACGGUUCCUCACACUGCAAACCACCAAUCAAGCCAUCCCUCGCGCCUUCGACGAUGGUGUGCUGGACGCGCUCCGCGCCGGACAGGCCAAGGAGGACGCUCUCAAGAGAGAGCUGGACGAUCUGGAGGCAACACCGUACCCAAGCGGCGCUGCACCGGACGCGUUCCGCCUCACCUCAGACGACUACUGUGACUUUGGCAAGAUGGACCCGUCAUCGCACCGGCAGAAGGACUGGAAGGAGGACGGGGAUGGCGUGUACGUCUACAAGAGCCGGUACAACAACGUCGAGCGCGAGGGGCCUCGGCGCCGCGAGCGCACGUUUCAGACCCUGCAGCGUGGCCGCACCGUAGACCGUACGCAGCUACGUAGCACACUAGAAGAUAGCCACAAGCAAGCCCUGCCGCAAGGCUACGAGCCCUACUCAGCCAAGGACUGGAUGAGCACGACCCACCGCGAGCAUGCAGCGUACGACGUUGCAGAGGCGAGCCACAUGAACGACCGCGACGCCACGGUGCCGCUGCGCAACACGCACUACGCCCUCUCUCAAGCACAAGAGAUGGCGGUCACCCAGCGCGACGCUCGUUUUCAGACGCGCCACGAUGGGAAGUGGGCAACGACCUACUCAUCCGGGUACCAGGAUCGCUCGGCCGAGGCGGAUGUAUGUCACAAGUACGGUGCCAAGGCCGUUUUCGACAUUGAAGAUGGCAUCUACACCAUCAAUCACGAGUACCACCACCCACGGGAGGAGGUGCGUACAGGUGAGACCUACACGCCAGCGGAAAUGGUGCCUGGGCAGUACACCACCAUGUACACCGAGCCACUGCCGGCUCCGAACAGCGUCAUUGGUAGCACUCGCCACUGCUGA